AUGUUCGUCAUCUUCGCUCUAAAAGACGACAGCAACAAGGGCAGCUUCAGUGCCAGCGGCGCUUGGUUUCCGCUUGCGUUGUUUUUCUUGAUCUUCGGCAUUGGUGCUUGCUUCGGCUACGAGACCGGCUAUGCGAUCAAUCUUGCUCGAGACUUUGGGCCACGAUUGAUGUCGUACGCUGUUGGUUAUGGCCAUGAGGUCUGGAGCGCUGGCAAUUAUUAUUUCUGGGUAGGUCGUGUCUAG